AUGUCUUCAAAGAUGGGCGUGUCUACGCUCGUAGUGGGAAUGUUCUUGACGGGAUGUGCGAACAGCCUGCUAACCAAAUAUCAAGAUAAGCAGUGUGUGGACAACUGUGGUCCGGAUGCCCCCGGUCCACCUAUCGACUUUGAGCAGCCAGUGUGGCAGACAGUCAACAUGUUCGUUGGCGAAGCGCUUUGUGUAAUCCCUUUGCUAUGGACCUUCUACGCCAGAAAACGACGGAUAUCAGGCCAGGUGACACAGGACGACGAUUCAUCUAUCGAUGAUGACACAGCAGAGUCCUUUUUCAUCGACUCCGACCGUUCACUCACAGGCUGGAGGGUAUGCUGGAUGUGGUUUCCGGCCUUCUUCGAUAUCUGCGGUACUACCCUAAUGAACGUUGGACUCAUCUUCACGCCUGUGUCCAUCUACCAAAUGUCGAGAGGCGCUCUCGUACUAUGGGUGGGAAUAUUGUCCGUCAUUUUCCUCCGGAGACACCUCUGGCUAUAUCAAUGGACCUCACUCGUCAUCGUGACACUGGGUGUUUGUCUCGUAGGUCUAUCUGGCAGCCUGACGAAGAAACCACUAGACAAUGAACAUCAAAGUCUCAUCUCGGCCAUGUCAGAGAUCGCAAAGCGGAGUGACGACGAUCCUGCCAAAGUCGCACUAGGAGUUGUACUCAUACUGUUCGCUCAGAACUUUACCGCUUGUCAAUAUGUGGUAGAGGAGAAGAUACUGUCUCGUUACAAAGUCGACCCUCUCGCUGCCGUGUCACUAGAAGGUUUUUUCGGUCUCGUCACUACAUUGUCGGCCAUGCCAUUUCUCCACUUCUUCUUUCAUGCCCGAUCUCCCUUUUUCGACGUCCCACUAGGCUGGCAUCAGAUCAUUUCCACCCCGAGUGUUAUGUGGACCAGUGUUGCCAUCGCCAUCAGCAUCGGCGCUUUCAACUUCUUUGGUCUCAGUGUCACCCACAGCGUCAGCGCGACUACCAGGAGCACAAUUGACACAUGCCGGACAUUAGGAAUCUGGAUCGUAAGUUUGGGCGUAGGUUGGGAGGUGCUCGUCUGGCCAUUCUCAUUACUGCAAGUGAUGGGGUUUGGAAUGCUCGUAUACGGAACAUUUGUCUUCAACGGCCUGUUGCGACCAGUGUUGUUCCCACCUCCACCCCAAGUUCAUCUACCACAUGAGCCGGAACUAGGAGAGACGGGCGAGCUCCCAGCAGCGGGAGGACAGACCAGAGCGGGAUAUGAUAUCCUGGCGGAAAGGGAGGAGUGA